CUUACCACCUGUUUCAACAACUCAUUCACAAAAUGGCCCCCAAGAAGGACGAGAAGCCCGCGACUCAGGAGGCUGCCGCUGAGGCCCCUGCUAAGGCCGAGGCCAAGCCCAAGGCCGAGAAGGCCGCCAAGAAGGCCAAGAAGGAGCCCUCCAAGAAGGCUGCCAAGGAGCCCAAGGGCGACGGCGAGAAGAAGGACAAGAAGAAGAAGAAGAGCGCCGUGGAGACCUACAAGCUGUACAUCUACAAGGUGCUCAAGCAGGUGCACCCCGACACUGGCAUCAGCAGCAAGGCCAUGUCCAUCAUGAACAGCUUCAUCAACGACAUCUUCGAGAAGGUGGCCACCGAGGCCUCCAAGCUGAGCCGCUACAACAAGAAGCCCACCGUCACCUCCCGCGAGAUCCAGACCGCCGUGCGCCUGGUGCUGCCCGGCGAGCUGGCCAAGCACGCGGUGUCGGAGGGCACCAAGGCCGUGACCAAGUUCACCUCGGGCUAAACGCCUAAGCCUGCAUGCGCGCUGGCUUUCCUCCUAUCUCCAAACUCGGUGUUUCUCAACACCACCACUUCACGGGGGGGGGGGGGGCGGUGCAGGGGGGGACAGUCGGGGGGCACUGGGCUAGGAGGGGGCCUGAAACGCACAAGGAGAUCCAAACGUGAACACGCCCCCUUGACAGCAUCGUGUCUGCUUGGGAACCUUGCAGGCCUUGGCCGGCAUUUUCACUGGAGAUGUGAGGUUGGCACUCCCUUGCAAUGAUUGAGUAGGCACCUGCCGCUGCUUCAGUGCACUGUUGUAGACGGUGUGCUGGUGGAGGAUACUGUAUGCCUUCCCUAGGGAGUCCUGCGGGACUUCACCAACUUGCCUUGACACUGUCCCAUCGCCUUCCCUAGGGAGGAUGCCGGCGCACCAGAGCGGCAUCAGUUGGGCCUACUACGUCACGCGGGCUUUCUGGCUGGGCGCAGCCUGCUACCCAACUGCAAGUGCGCAUACGUUGGAUGUGGCAAUGGUGCUGCAACGUUAAUGCCUAAACGCAAGUGCUGCGUGUGAGCAUGGGCGUGGGUAGUCCAAUGUGACAGGGCAUGUUUGCAGUUACCGUUAGCACCAUACGCUGCAGCCCAUUGUCGGGUGGUGGACGCCAGUAAUGCCAGCAACUAGUGAAAGCACUGAGCCUGACCAGCAGAUGCCUGCACCGGCUGCAUACCAUAGUACCAAUAUGCCGGCAUCGCACACACCGACAAGCACACUGACAAGCAGGGCUACCCGUGCCACGAAAUGAUGGCAGCGGCAGGGGCAGGGUGUAACGAGCAUCGUUACCUUCAGUACGAUGGGGUCAGUACACCUUGCACCCCGUAAAAUGGUUCUUGGGUUUGACACGGUCCCGAUGUCCGUACCGUACUCUGGUCCUCAUAUUUACGUUGUUACGAAUCACCGGGAUAUCUUUAUCCC